AUGGAGCAUUCUCGCAGAGUUGGAAUUCCCUUCGACGGGAGCGAAGCAGCUAAAAAAGCAGUCCACUGGUACCUUGAUAAUGCUGCUGACCCCAAUGACAUAGUGAUAUUCAUCCAUGUCCAAGAGCUUCCCGCCCUUCCGUUGCUUAAUCUUAGGUCCGGGUUGAAUAUGCCCACAGAGCAGUGGAUGAAAACUAUUUCUGAACGAUAG